AUGUCGCCUCGUAGCUCUUUGCUUCUCCCUUUCUCUGGUCCUGGGACAAGAUCUCACAAAGACGAGAAAGGACACAUACACAUGUUAGUCAAGAGAACACCGUACGCAGGCAAGUUCGUAACUUACAUCUUGCCUCUCAACAGCAUCUACAUGAAUCUAAAUCCUGAACGAUAUGAUUCUCGCACGAGAAAGGGCAAAGUCACAAAUCUUAUAUGGAUUCUCAAAUAUGUUACCAUGAGCUUCUUAGAUACGCUAUGCGGCGCAGGUCUCUCUCAUUACUUUCUGAACGAGGGCCGUGUUCUUGCUGGUGAAGAAUGA